AUGGCUUCAUCAGCAGUGCUCAAAGCUGCAUCCGGCCUUGCGGCCGUCGCCUAUCUGGACGCCAAAUGGGGCUUGGGUAACGACCUUCACUUGGCCAGAGCCAACGCCAAGAGCAACCUAAAGUACGUAUGAUGAAUGCUAAGCACUGGCUGCAGCGCGGCCAGGUUGAUGCUCACAAUGCCAUCCGCUACUGACGCACCUCGUCGCGUGCAGCUUCCGACUGCGUUCAUGGAGGGGAAAAGCGAGCAUGUACUCUCUUUUCGAAGACACCGCUGCCAGGAGCCCAAACGAUGUUGCAUACGUGUACGAAGGACGUCAGACAACCUGGGGCCAGGCACAGACCGGUGAGCAUCUCUCGAGCGCAUUCAAGGCGCAAAACGCCCCUAGGUCACUACUUGUGGACAAGAUGUGUGCAAAGGCAUGAAAGCGUUGCCCGGAAUGCGGGCAGCUUUAGCGAGAUCAGGCUGGAGCAAAGAUGAAUGUAGACCAGGUCGCUUGCCGACGAAGAGGGCAGACUUGCUGGCCCAGUCAUUUGGAAUGAUCUACGCAUGGCUGCUCGUGCAACAGCGCCUAACCUUUGAAUGAGCACUGAAGUCGACCUCUACUCCUUUCGCAGAGGUCCAUCGCAUCGCAAAUUACCUGCUGUCCAGCGGCCUCAACCCAGGAGGUGAGUUCAAGAAGCCAUGAAGCCAUGAAGCCGGAGCUCUCGACUCUGACAGCCUGGCCCUUGUUUUCCAGACCGAAUUGCUCUGUUUAUGGGCAAUUGCACUGCUUACGUGCUGCUUUGGCUCGCUGCUUUGAGCAUCAACGUUGUGCCAGCAUUCAUUAACAAUGGUCUUCGAGGCCCCGCGCUUGCUCACUGUGUCAAGGUCUCCCGCGCUCGUCUGGUCAUUUACGAGCCGCAGCUCGAAUCUGCGCUUUCUGAAGUAGACGCCGACCUGCGCUCUGCCGGCCACCUGAAGAAGUACGUCUGCUUCGAUGAUGGCGUGGCCAUCGACGAAAAGACGGCUGCGCCUCACGCUGUGCAGCUCAAGGAUUCAGAAUACUUUGGACCUCAACAGCUGGCGGCGCAAAGCACCAAGGCACCCAACCCUAAGCUUAGAGAAGCUAUUGGACCCAGCGAUGUUUCCACUCUCAUCUUCACCAGUGGAACGACUGGCCUUCCCAAAGCUGCCCUGUGCUCGCACGGGCGUAUUGGCGGUGCCUGCGCGAUGUGGCCCAACGUUAACGGCUUCAACAAAAACGACCGAAUCUACACGCCCAUGCCCCUGUAUCACUCUUCUGCCGCAUUCCUCUGCAUCGGAGCGAGCUGGUACUCGGGCUCUACGGUCAUCAUCGGGCGCAAGUUCUCUGCCUCUAGGUAUUGGCAGGAGGUGCGCAAGUACGACGCGACCGUCGUGCAGUACAUCGGGUGA